AACAAUGGGCCUAGCUUUGGAGUUUGAAGUUUGCAAAACUUGCGAAAUUCAUCGUAUGACACCUCCAUAUAGAGAGAGAGAGAGAUUGCUUAUUACUUUCAACACCACAUUUUCUCAUGCAAUUGCUAGCUGCUACCCACCCACCCACUUCAUCCAGCAAAUUCAAGAAUAUAUAUACAAUUAUAUAUAUGCAUCAUUGAUCUUGCUGAUUUAGGGUCUGGAAAUGGAAAGAUAUGAAAUCGUGAAAGAUUUAGGGUCUGGAAAUUUUGGUGUUGCGAAGCUUGUUCGAGAUAAAUGGAGCGGUGAACUCUAUGCAGUCAAGUUCAUUGAAAGAGGAAAAAAGAUUGAUGAGCAUGUGCAAAGGGAGAUCAUGAACCACAGAUCCUUAAAGCAUCCAAAUAUAAUUAGAUUCAAGGAGGUGUUGCUGACACCAACUCACCUAGCCAUUGUGAUGGAAUAUGCUGCCGGCGGCGAACUCUUUGACCGGAUUUGUAACGCCGGCAGAUUCAGUGAAGAUGAGGCACGCUUCUUCUUUCAGCAGCUCAUAUCCGGAGUUAGUUACUGCCAUUCCAUGCAAAUUUGCCAUAGAGAUCUAAAGCUGGAGAACACAUUAUUGGAUGGAAGCCCAGCGCCGCGCCUCAAAAUAUGCGAUUUCGGAUAUUCUAAGUCAUCGGUUUUCCAUUCUCAACCGAAAUCGACGGUUGGGACGCCCGCCUACAUUGCACCCGAGGUCCUAUCCAGGAAAGAGUAUGAUGGCAAGAUUGCAGAUGUUUGGUCAUGUGGGGUUACUCUCUACGUAAUGCUAGUUGGUGCUUAUCCAUUUGAGGAUUCCGAUGAUCCAAGAAAUUUCAAGAAAACAAUCAAUAAAAUAUUGAGUGUCCACUAUUCGAUUCCUGACUACGUUAGAGUCUCAAAGGAGUGCAGGCAUCUACUAUCACGAAUCUUCGUGGCCGACCCUAACAAGAGGAUAACCAUUUCGGAGAUGAAGAAGCACCCAUGGUUUUGUAAGAACCUAGCUAUGGAAUUGAUGGAGGGCGAGAGAGGUAGUGUGCAAGUGAAUAUUGGUGCAGAUGAGUAUGGUUGUCAAAGUAUUGAGGAAGCAUUGGGCAUAAUAGAAGAGGCAAGGAUAUCGGGGCAACCCACAAAAAUGGAGGAUGUUUUGUUGGGAGGGAGCAUUGAUUUGGAUGAAAUCGACACAGAUGAAGAUGAAGAUGACAUUGACACGAGUGAUGAUUUUGUUUGUGCACUGUGACUUGCACCUUUCAAGUUCGUUUGGUCGAUCUAGUUUGUAGAAGUGUUCAUGUGAAUAUAUUUGAUCUUCGAAUUAUGUGCAUAAGUAGUUUGUGAUCGCGUAUGACAAAUGAAAAAAUGAAAAAUGAAAAAAAAUAAAAUGUUCGAAAUUUA